AUGUUUGCAGCUGCUCACGAGCUGCUGCUGUACCAGCAGACGUUGUGGUCGGAGAUUCGCGCUGGUACUACUACUCCUACUACUACAGACGAGACAUUGACGACGGGGGUGGAGCGAGCAGAGUAA